CAGAAAUUAAUUUGAAAUUUUAUUGGAAAAAAAUAUAUUUUUAUUAGUUUAAUUUCCUCUAUUUUAUAUUUAGUAAUUUAUUUAAUUAAUUGGGUUUGCACAUAAUAAUUACAGUUACUCGAUGAGAUUGGCAACCUUAUUGAUUUCCUGCAGCCAUGAACUAAACAGCUGAUCGGCUGACCAGCUGUUAUGCCGGCCUUCACCACAACAAAUAUUUCAUGUUCUUGCGUUAACUCGUGUAAAUUUAAAAGUUCAAAAUUAUGCGUAUUUUGGUGCUUUAUGGCAGCCAAACUGGCACCGCACAGGAUGUGGCUGAACACAUAUGGCGUGAGUCGCGUCAAUGGGGCUUCGAGGGUCCCGUGCUCUCGCUGCAAGACUACAACAUUCAGCAGCUUGUGGAAGAGCGCCUCGUGAUUUUUGUGGUAGCCACCACUGGAGAUGGCACUGAGCCGGACAACAUGAAACAAGCAUGGCGCUUUCUACUGAAACGCAGCUUGCCCAGCAAUUCGUUAACUGGUCUCCAAUUCGCUUGCCUUGGCCUUGGGGACUCCAGCUAUUCGAAGUUCAAUUAUGCAGCCAAAAAGUUGCAUAAACGUUUGCUGAACUUGGGCGCCACAUCACUAUGUCCCCUGGGCUUGUGCGAUGAUCAGCAUGACUAUGGUCAUCUGGGUACUUCGCUGGCCUGGACAGCGUCCCUGUGGGAAACACUAAGCAGUACGCUAGCUGUGCACAAAAAAGAAAAUCCCGUGGAUGUUCAAAUGUGGAAUGUACGAGUUUUGGAGCAACCUCCCGCUUUAGAUGAGGAACAGCGCUUACAGUGGACCCAAAGCCAGACACCUCAACUGUUUAAAUUAAUAGAAAAUGUCCGCACAACCGCAGCGGAUCAUUUUCAGGAUGUGCAUUUGCUGCGCCUACAAGGAAUUGGCAGUGAAACGACAACGUGGCAACCCGGCGACGUGCUUGAUGUGCAGCCACAGAAUAGCGCACAAAUUGUACAAGAAUUCUUUGACCUACUACAAGAACAUCAACUGCCAUUCGAUGCCAACACUUGGAUUGAAGUGACGUCUGCUCACGAGGACUUACCGCUUCCCUUGCCUUAUGCAACUCCAUUGACACUAGAGCAAGCUGCUCGGCAUAUUUGGGAUCUGACUGCCAAGCCGCGGCAACGUUUCCUUGAGGUGCUCGCGCAAAACUGCGAGGAUGAAUUGGAGCGCGAAAAACUCUUGGAGUUUUGCACAGCCGAAGGAUUGGACGAUCUGAUUGCAUAUGUAAAUCGACCACGUCGCACAUUGCUGGAGCUGUUGCAGGACUUUAGACAUGCCACAUCUAAGCUAACGCUAUCGCAACUGUUUGAGAUGAUGCCACUGAUACAAAUGCGUAGCUUUUCCAUUGCUUCCGAUGUCUCGGCGGGCACACUUGACUUGCUGGUGGCUAUCGUCAACUACAAGACCAUAAUGCAUACGCCGCGACUGGGUUUGUGUUCCAAUUGGCUCAAACAGCUACCGCCUGGUGUGGAGCUUCGUGCUCUCAUCAAACCGGGCACCAUGAGCUGGCCCAAAGAGCCACAAACUCCUUUGAUUAUUAUUGGACCCGGCACUGGCAUUGCGCCCUUUCGCAGUAUAAUCCAGCAUCGUUUGCAGCAGCAGCAAACUGGCGUAAGCAUUGGAAAAAUUGAAGUGUUCUUUGGCUGUCGCAAUAAGGACAAAGAUUACCACUUUGCAACCGACUUUGAGGCAUGGAAAGCUGAGCAAAACAUUAAAGUACAUGUGGCCUUCUCACGCGAUCAAGAGAACAAGGUUUAUGUGCAACAUCUGAUCAAGGAAUGUGGCUCCAACUUGGCUAAGUUGAUCAGGGAGCAAAAUGCUUACAUCUAUGUGGCGGGUAGCUCCAACAACAUGCCGAAAGCAGUGAGAGAAGCAUUUAUCGAAGCACUGGAUAAUGAUGCCAACUAUGUGGAUCAACUGAUGAAACAGCGACGUUAUCAAGAGGAAACAUGGGCGUAGUUAGCAAUAUAA